GUGCCCUGCCCCCAGUCUUGGAGUCUCUAUGCAUGGUAGUCUCUCAUCCUUAUCCGACCCAUGUUGCCCACCACCUAGACAGAGGCUGUAGACGGAGCUUUACACACCCCUCGUCCCCCCCCCCGCCCCCGUUCAGGUCUUAGCAUCCCGCGCAGCCUCGUCAGCGACAUGUCGAAGAGGGUUGCUGCCCGAACCACGUCGCUCGCUCACUGGCCCAUCUCGCCAACAUGUCGUCAGUCCCUAUGCCCCUCUGGUCUGGACCACGGCUGUCCAGGCAUACAACAUGCGGGUCUGCAUCAUCGCCAGGCCUCCCGACAGCCAGAGCAGCCUCUCCCUUGUACGUUCCCGACGUAUCCGGGAUGUCAGGGCACGUCCGCCAGCUUGGCUAGGGUUCGCACUAGCUUUGAGCUUGCAAAGCCAUCCUAACUGCCAGGACCCUGGCAUCUAUUUUCCGACUCGUCGGUCGGCCACAUGGUCGUACUGGGUCGCCGUGGGUAUCGUUAGAUGAACCGACCACUUCAUUGGAUCGACACUGCCCAAAGGCCUCAUGCAUCCCUAUGGGGCUCACCACCCGCCAGAACCUUCCGGGACGGCUUUACGGGGCAAGUAAGGGCGGACAGGACUUCGGUGUUCAACUUGGGGGGGAAACAACGCUCUGUGACCUUCGUGAUUAAUCUCCCUCCGUGUCGUUCGGAUGCCGUCGACGAUGUACAAAAGGAAAGCCUCAUGGCCCCGGUGCUAUUCUCAUGGUCUUGCCUCAACUAGUGUGUUAAUCUGUCUCGACAACAGCCGGUCCCUUUCUUCUCACCGAGACUAAUACUAAUUCUUGUGUACAAUACUUAAUUCUGGCUUUGGUUCGAGUGUCAUUGCUUCUCGUCAAACUUACCCCCCAGGACCAUUGAACGCCGCGACUCGCACGGAUUUCUCUCUAACGAUGGACGGAUUGAACAUGUACCGAACAAUCAGGGUCGGCGAGGUCCUCUCUGAUUUCCGGACCUUGCAGUACUACAUUGCGGCAGCUCCCACGGACCCGACAAACAUGGAGGACUACUACACCGAGGGAUGGGCGGCUUUGCGGCAAUGCUCCCUCGACGGUCAGCAUAUUCUCGACUGCGCGGCCGACACGAGCGUUCCGACGGUAAACGGCGGGCCACUUGAGCAGGAGAAGGCAGAGCUCAACCAGUGUAUGCUCGACUCUUUCGCCAGGAGACACGAGUGUCAAAAGAUCUACUUGCGACAGGCUGCCGCGCAGCGGUGGAUCGGCAACCGGGACGGCGUUCUGCAGGGCGGACGGCCGAACUCGAGGAACGGGUCUCAUCUGAGGGCGUGUGACCAGCAGUUGAGAGUUGAGCUCUCAACGAUCACCGACGAGUCAAUCUACAACCAGCUGCGGGCGUCCGACCGCUCGAUGGGCCGCUGGACGGCCGAGGACCCGAGCCUACGAAGCGUGCAGCGCUGGCUCCGCGCGCGACGAACUUCGGCGUGAUGAUCACGGGACUAAUGUCUGGUCCGCGAGGUGUUAUUGAACGACAUUGACGCGAUACGAAAGUGAUGCUGGUUUUGAUCUACGAGCAUUUGAGCGGAAAGAGUAUCACUCUUUCUUUAUUUUUCUUCAUUUUUCUCUCUUACAAGCAUAAACGGCGUAUGGAGGAUACCGACAAUCACAGCAGCGAGCAUUCUGGCAAUCUCAUCAUGGCUGUUUAGUUUUUUCUCUCUCUUUCGAUUCUUAGCGUCCAGUAGACCGCUCGGGCGGGCUGGAUGACUUUCUCUUGGAUGAGUCCUGGUCCAGGCAGACCAGAGACCAGUGGAGUCUCUCCUA